AAUUGUUCAAAGUAUCGAGGAAAAAAGAGUGAAGAAUGGAGCCCACAAAGUCAAGAAAGCAAGCCAGACCCGUGCUUCGAUUCCGAUGAAGAGAACUACGAAUCAAAUAUGACCUCUAUUAGUUCUGACUGCAGCUCUGGGUUAAGUUCAUUCGAUUCGCCUCUUCCGUGGGCUGAAAAUUCUUCAUUCUCAAACCCUUCAACCUCGAAAAGUCUUGUUUUACAAUCUCGAGGAAACAAAGGUCAUCACGAGGGAAAGGAACGGACAGAAUGGGCGGGCGAAUAUGUUCGCCGAUCGAAUUCACUUGUGAUCGGAAAGCGUUCACGCGCCAUUGGUCUAAAAGAUAUGGAUUUGACAGGAAAUAUUGCCGCAAAAUAUAUUCGAGAAGCGAAGGAAGCAAACAAAAGUCCUUCGAAGAAACGCUUAUUUAGCCCUCUCUCCAAACAAAUGUCUUGCCCGACGUUUAGUACACCCUUUGAUGGACUGUUUGAUAGACAUAAGGUGACUGGUAGAGCCAGUCAAACCGGUAAGGCUAGUCACACCAGUUUUGGCCGGGUCUUGAAUUUGGAAUUGGACUCGCAAACAAAAUCGCCUUUAGUUGACAGCUCAGCAGAGGAGGUGUUACUUAAUUUAAGGACUCAUUCUGUGAAACUAUUUAGUUGUGCUGAUGAGAAAGGCAUCCCAAAGGAGGAAUUUGACCAUGAUUGGUGGGAAAGAUGUAAAAGAACAAAUACUCCAGUUGCUACCCAGAGUAGCAAUGAACUCUUUUCAACAUUUGCACCAAAAGUGAUGGAAUUCAUUGAUCUAACAGUCAAUGAUGAGCUGUCUGAUGGUGAAGCAAGUUAUACAAACAGGAAUUCAGAACAUGAUGACAUUGCUGAGAAAGCUGGAGAUGUAUGUGUGCAAAAUACAAGUCAUCACAGCUAUCCGCCUGUCUAAACAAGCGUCCAUGAAGAAGCGAGUAUUCUCCUUUAGUGAUGAUGAAGAUAGUGAUUCUGGCACAAAAUGCCAGUUAAAAAGUGACAAGGAAUCUUCAGAAGAGUCACUUUUAUCUGAUCCAGCUCCUCAGAGAAAGAGACAUUCCUUGCAGGGAUUUGUAAAGAUGAGUAUGGUUUUCUUUUUAUGUGCACUGUCACUCUCAGUAUAUCUGCACACUAACCCUCAUGGUUUUUGUCUGGAUAGUGAGUUCACCAACAACAUUUCUGGAAUUGGGUCAGCACUUAAGUCUGAAUUGUUUGGUCAACAUAUUGCUCAGAAAAUUGUCACUGCAGCACUCAAGAAUCACUUCAACUCCAAAAACAUUAGGAAGCCACUUGUAUUAGCAUUUCAUGGGUGGACUGGAAUUGGGAAGAACUUUGUCAGCAAUAUCAUCACAGAACAUUUUUUCAAGCGCAAAACCAAUAGCCCAUUUGUGCACAAGUUCAUCAUUCCACUUCACUUUCCCCAUGAAUCAGAAGUAGAAAUGUACAAUCAACAGUUGUUCAAGUGGAUCAGAGGAAAUGUCUCACAUUGUCGGAAGGGAGGUUUGUUUAUAUUUGAUGAAAUGGACAAAAUUCACAUUGGCAUGAUGGAUACAAUCAAAGCUGUUCUUUUAGAUUACCAAGGCAAGAAAGUAGAAAGUGGUCAUCAGAAUGUGAUCUUCAUGUUUCUGUCUAAUUCGGGUGGUGAGGCUAUUAAUCAGCAUGUAUUAAGGCAUAUCCUUGAUGGAAAACUGAGAGAAUCUCUCAUGCUAAGUGAACUGGAAGUCAUUUUUCAUGACAUUGCAAAGAGGAUACCAAAUAUCUGGUUUGCAGACCUGCUGAAAUCGGAAGUUAUUGAUUACCUUGUUCCAUUCCUGCCUUUGGAGAGAACACAUGUAAAGCAAUGUAUCAGACGAGAACUUGUCAAGAAAGGGUAUGAUGCAAAAGAGCCCUUUAUUACAGAAAUUGCUAACCAGAUGGAUUAUUUCCCAGAAAGCCACCAGUUUUUUUCUGUAUCUGGGUGCAAAAAAGUUUCAUCCAGAGUUGACGUGAUUAUGGAAUAA